AGGACACUCUUUGAUAGGAAUAUCAAAAGGAAUAAAUGAAACCCUAGAGAGAUAGCAGCCGCCUCUAUCAUUGAAGGAAAUAGAGAGAGAAAUAAAACUUGCUCUCUCAAUAAAGGAGAAGGAGAAAAACACAGAUCUGGAGCAGCAGACUCUCACAUUGGACGAAAAGGAGAGAGACACAAAUGUGGUGACUGCUGGUGUCUAAACAAUGAUUACAAAAGAGCACAGGUGUGGUCCAGGGACAAAUGGAUCAAUAUCAGCUUUGGAAAUAUGGGAAAAAUAUAUUGGUAAGAGAAUAGUAUAAAAUUACUACAACCUAUGUUGAUCCUACAAAAAGGGCUGUAAUCUAUCCAUCUCUCUCUAUAGAUAUCUCUCUCUGUAUCUCGGUCUCUCUCUCUAUCUAUCUCUCUCUGUAGCUCGAUCUCUCUCUCUCCAUAGUUACAUUAUAAUCUUUCAUAUACUAAUUUUUAAUGCUUUGCAGGUAAUAUUACUUCCUUUAACGGUGUUUCUCCAUUUUUCCAUUUUUAUUUAAAGAAAUGACUUACAUGGAUUACUAAUAUAUGCUGCAUUUAUUAUCAGGGACAAAUGGAUCAAUAUAUUGGUAAUAGAAUAGUAAUAAAUUAUUACAAAUAAUGAGUACCCUACACAAAAGGGUUGUAGUAGUCUAUCCCCCUCUCUCUAUAUCUCGGUCUCUCUCUCUAUCCAUCUCUCUGUGUAGCUCGGUCUCUCACUCUCCAUAGUUACAAAACCUAUGCAAUCCUCAGACAAAUAGGCUGCAACCUACAACUCAUUCUCAACAUCUAAACAUGAAAAUAUAAAUAAGAGGAAUAUUUACAACCUUCUGUCCAAAGAAAUUAGUUAAAAACUAUAUUUUUCAAAUGACCAAAAGGGUAAAUUAAUUAGCUUUGUAUUUUCCCGCCAAAAAGGGCAAAACAGUCUUUUCACUGAACUGUCACUUUAGAUUAGUAUAGAUAAUUAAAGACGAUGUUAAUAUGCUGAGUUUUCUGUGCCGCGCAUACAUGCACCACCCAUCUUCUUCCAUCCAUAAAAUCAGCAACAUUUUCCGUCGAUACAAUUCUCCGCCACCGCCGUAAUGCCGAUCACUCCAAAGUCCCUUCUCAACCUCCCCCGCCUCCUACUCUCAUCCACUCCCUCCAAUCCCUGCUUCUACCUCACCCUAUGUUCCCUCUCCCACUCCCUCAUCUCCCGCGUCGCCGCCCUCCGAUUCGACCGCGGCGAUGUCGAGGGGGCGGCGCGGGCCCAGGCUUUGGCCCGUAUCUUAGGGUCAUGUGGCCUGCGAUUGAACAUUUAUGCUUGGAACAUCAGGCGCGAUUUCAUGAAGGACGUCGCUCGUGAAUUAGCUGGCGUAGCAUUCGAUUUGAAUCAGCUGUUAGUGGCUUUUGGCGAGUUGCGUGGGGCUCGCUCCAACACGAAGAUCAUCGCCUGGGCUGGUGGAGUUUCCAACUCGAUCUUCACUCGUCUGCUCAAUGUUUUCCAUCGAUCUGGGCCUUUGCGGGAUAUAGUGCUGAGCCUUCAGAAAGAAGUAGUGGAUGGUGAUCUACUUAGGGACUGCAUUGAGUUGGGCUCUAAUGACCUUAACAAUUUGAUACAAUGCAUCAAGGACAUUGCAUCCGUGUUCAUCCCUACUGCUGCUCCCGAGAAUGAGAUGCUUUGAGGAUGACUGUUUUUACAAGACCAGUAGCUAUAGUUUUGCUGACAAUGGAGAAGAAAGUUCAGUCUUCGGUGGCUGUUUUGCCUUUGCUUUUGAAGUACUAUGUUUCUACUGGUGAAGGGUGUUUUUUUUAAGAAUGCAAUGUUUUCCCUUUUAUGGCUUUUGCCUGUCAAGGCUGGAUGACAAGUUUUGCCAAAUUGAAGUGCGUUUUCAUUGAACUAAUGACUUGUAAACUAUUAUGAUGUUUUUCUUGUAGCACCAGUUUGUUGUUGAUGUACCUUAAUUGAAA